UCAGGGAGAGGAGCGGCCGCAGCAGCGCUCUCCCCGCGCCCCCGGGCAGCUCCCUCACAACGCGCGGUGUUUGCGGGCGGGCGGCGCGGUGCUCGGGCGCAGGAUGUGACAGCGCAUGGAGCCAUGGCCGCGCUGCGACUGAGCCGUUUUCAGGGUUUGUCUGAGGACGUGGGUGGCACUGCUGAACAGCUUCACACAGCUGUCUCUUCUAUUCUAGAUUGCAGUUCGGAGUCCUGGAGAAUUCACAGCCAUUCCACUAUGGGAGAAAGGACAGACUGUGCUAAGUCUCAUAGCUCACUGGCUGAAUACAGCCCCGUCAGUAAAUCAGACAAGACAGAUCCAAACGACCACUCGGAAAUACAGGAUGGAAACCAAAACACCAUGCAACUCAAGAAAGAAAUAUCUUUGCUAAACGGGAUAAGCCUGAUAGUAGGCAACAUGAUCGGUUCAGGUAUCUUUGUCUCACCCAAAGGAGUUCUCAUCUACAGCAAAUCGUAUGGAUUGUCUCUAGUAAUUUGGGCAAUUGGAGGGAUUUUUUCAGUCUUUGGAGCUCUCUGCUAUGCUGAACUUGGAACCACUAUUACAAAAUCAGGAGCCAGUUACGCAUACAUCUUGGAGUCUUUUGGGAGCUUCAUUGCUUUUAUUCGUUUGUGGACCUCGCUUCUAAUUGUUGAGCCAACUAGUCAGGCGGUUAUUGCGAUCACCUUUGCUAACUACAUAGUUCAACCUUUCUUCCCAUCUUGUGAUCCUCCAUAUAUUGCCUGUCGUCUCAUAGCAGCUGCUUGUGAGUGUCUUCUAACAUUUGUAAAUUGUGCCUAUGUAAAAUGGGGAACACGGGUGCAGGAUAUAUUCACUUAUGCCAAAGUUGCUGCUCUUAUUGCCAUCAUCGUAACUGGAAUUGUUAAAAUAUGCCAGGGAUAUUCAUCGCACUUUCAGAACUCUUUUGAGGGAUCCUCUGUUGAUAUUGGAGACAUUUCCCUCGCGCUCUACUCUGCCUUGUUCUCCUACUCUGGUUGGGAUACACUCAAUUUUGUGACCGAAGAGAUCAAAAACCCAGAAAGGAACUUGCCUCUGGCUAUUGCCGUGUCUAUGCCAAUUGUGACUGUCAUCUACAUUAUGACCAAUGUAGCUUACUAUACAGUGCUGGAUGUUCAAGCUGUUCUUUCUAGCGAUGCAGUGGCAGUGACGUUUGCUGAUGAGGUGUUUGGUGUCCUCAGUUGGACAAUUCCAAUUGCUGUGGCCUUUUCUUGCUUCGGUGGACUUAAUGCUUCAAUUCUAGCAUCAUCGAGGCUGUUUUUUGUAGGAUCUCGAGAAGGUCACCUUCCUGACCUGUUGUCUAUGAUCCAUAUAGAGAGGUUCACGCCUGUGCCAGCACUGCUCUUCAAUUGUGCUAUGACCCUGAUUUACCUGGCUGUGCAAGAUGUCUUCAAGCUUAUUAAUUACUUCAGUUUCAGUUACUGGUUUUUUGUUGGUCUGUCUAUUGCUGGUCAAUUAUAUCUACGUUGGAAGGAACCAAAUCGAGCCAGGCCUCUCAAGCUCAGUGUGGCUUUCCCAAUAAUAUUCUGCAUAUGCUCAGUAUUUCUCGUGGUUGUGCCACUCUAUAGUGACACCAUAAAUUCACUGAUCGGAAUUGCCAUUGCUUUAUCUGGAAUUCCAGUCUAUUUCUUGGGAGUCUAUUUACCUGCAUCAAGGAGACCUCAGUUUAUCAACAAGAUUUUAGAUGCAGUCACACGAAACAUGCAGCUGCUCUGUUGCUGUGUUUUAACGGAGAUGGACGCAAAUGAAGAAAAGAAAUUAGAAAACAAAUCUAACUAAAAUUUCAAAGCCGUCAUAAGAACAGGAGGGAGAGUAAAGCGAUUACAGCAGUGAAAGGGAAUAAAUGGAACUGGAAAAAGUGGGAAAACUGUUUUCACUCUUCUCUCAGAAUACUGAAAAUGUACUUGCAGCUAGACUCCUGCAUAGACCGUGCCCUCACGUCAUCCACCUACACUGAGAUACAUUUUCAGGGCGUAUUUUCACUGGAUAAUUAUUACCUACUCAUUUCAGGUACACAAGGUAUCUGUUGAUACUCUUCAUUCUGAAUUUUCUUCAGAAUUGCUAGUAAAAUGGUAAGAGCUAA